UACUCACUCGACAAAGCUAAAGAAUUACAGCGUCAAGCAAACCCAAACAUUGUUAUUGCUCUUGUAGGUAAUAAAAUAGAUCUAGUUCAACCUUACGAAGAUGAAGUGGAUGAAUGGUAUGAAUCUGGGAGACAAGUUUUAACAGAAGCUAAAUCAUACGCCCUCGAGGCAGGUUUGCUUUUUUUCGAAGCUAGUGCAAAGAAAGAAGAUAAUGUGCUGAUAUUUUCAGAGAUCACUAAAAAGUAA